AAGUUUUAAAAUCUUAGUCCGAUUAGUUCAGUCAUGGCAGCUUGGCUCACCUCUGAAUACCUGGAGGCUGCAUUGCGUCGGCAUUACGAGAACAACCAACUUCGAGUGGAAUCGCUGGAUAUAAAGCCCGCCCUGGGAAAAGGCGAGAAUUAUGGAGCCAUCCUAACGCGUAUACGCCUUGUGUACAGCUUUGGCCUGGGCAGAAAAGUUGAGGAGCAUCUGAUGGCCAAGACCCUUUUGGAGGACGAAGAUGCGGAGACCAAGGAAAAGAAGGCCCCAUAUGACAUCUACAACCGAGAGCUGGAGAUUUACGAACAGGUGUUGCCCAAACUGCAGAAAUUAGCAGGCGAGCAACUAUGCCCCAAAGUUCUACACAUAGAUCGGGAAAGAGGGGCCUUAAUAAUGGAGGACUUGACCCACAGAGGAUAUGUGAUGGCUCCACGACUCCAGAGAUUAGAUGAGCAGCAUGUAAGUCUGGUUUUAAGAAAGCUGGCUAAAAUGCAGGCAGCUUCGGCGGUUUUGGAGGAGAAUUCAAAAGAAAAUGACUCCUCUUUAACCAAAUACGAUCGUGGUUUUUUCAAUCGCUAUACGGAGAGCUUCAGUGCCUACUUUUUGGGCUGUUUAAAGUCCUGUGCCGGCUACCUGAAAACCCAGUUGGGCUAUGAAAACCAUGCCAGGCUCCUAGAGGAACUGGCACCCCACUACAUGGCACUGGGACUCCGCUGUUUUCAGCCCGAGAAGGCGCACAUUAAUGUCCUCACCCACGGCGACUUGUGGACAAACAACAUGAUGUUCAAGUACGAGGCGGGCGUGCCGAGCGAUGUCCUCCUGAUUGACUUCCAGUACGCCUUCUGGGGCUCGUCCACCCUGGACAUCCAUCAUCUGCUCAACACGUCGGCCGUGGAGGCGGUGCGGAGCGAGCUUCAAAUUAAGAUGAGGUGUGUCUACCACGAGGUCUUCGUGGGGGAACUGCGGAGGCUCGGGUUCAAGGGUCAAAGGUUGCCCAGUCGCAAGCAGUUUCACCUGGAAUCGGAGCAGAAGCGCUUCUACGCUGUUCAUUGCGGCCUACUGCUGCAGCCCGUGUUGCUAAACACCGAUGAAACCGAUGCGGAUUUCGCGGCCCUGCUUUCCGACCAGCCCCGUGGAAUGAACAUGAAGAGGCGGCUGUACCUCAAUCCUGGCAUCCAGGACUCCAUCAAGCGGCUGGCAAAGCAGUUCGAGCUCGAAGGACUCUUGGACCCGCGGCAGUACGAGGGCCUAUAAACCUGGCUUUUUCAUAAACUCCCCAUUAGACAUUUCAAUUAGACGAGCUAAUAAACAUAAAACAUGGCAGCCACAGCCGCAGGCAUUUUAAAGCCAGCCAUCAGAGGCUUUUUGAAU